UGUGAACGAGCAAAUAAGGGCGGUGUUGUCCAAACCUGAAGUUGAGAGGGAAGUCCCUGUUUAAGCACUUGGUCCGGGACUGCAAGAUAAUGUGCUCUUCUGAAUUGACGCUGUGAGCGGGCUUUGCACAAGCACACUGGGAGAUUCCUGCUGGUCUUUUGUUAUGAUGAAGGCCUCAACAUCAAUGGCAGCUGAACAAUUAUCAAAGUUUCAGUCAGUUUUUCUUGUCUCAUAUUGUAACUCAGAUUUUUUGAAGGCUGCCAUGACUCAGCCAGGACUCUCAAAUUAACGGUUGAAUCUAAUCUGGAGCCAAAGUUCGGAGGAGUCAUGAUGUUUGUAAACAUGCGUAGAAUCAGGAAAUGCAAAGUUCUACAAAUAAUAUUAAUGUGCUUGGCUACCUCAAUGAUCAUGAUGUACUGGGAACAGCUUGACAAUAAAAUUGUGACCCAUGUCAAGUCCUACACAUACCGCUACUUUCCUAAUAGCUUCAAGUUCAUUAAUGCAAGCUUUAGAGUCAGUCCUAAAGAGGCUAUCAAGUUCAGCAAUCAUAGAUACAUCAUAAACCAACAAAGGAAAUGUGUUAAAAGAGACAUUCUGCUCUUGCUAUUUGUGAAAAGCUCCACUGAGAACUUUGGGAGAAGGCAAGCGAUUCGUUCUACUUGGGGAAAUGAGGCGUACAUUGAAAGGACGCUGGGUGUUACGGUAAAGGUGUUGUUUGCUGUCGGCCUUCAUCCUGAACCGCAGCAGAGAAGAACACUUCAGCUGCAAUUGUUCUUUGAAGACCAAAUAUAUCAUGACCUCAUCCAGCAGGACUUUAUAGACUCUUUCCACAAUCUUACUCUCAAGCUUCUUCUGCAGCUUGGCUGGAAAGAAACCUUCUGCCGCCAUGCACAGUUCCUCAUGUCUGCAGACGAUGACGUCUUUGUCCACAUUCCCAACUUAGUUCAUUAUUUGCAAGGGAUUGCCCGCAGUAAUGCCGAAGACCUUUGGAUAGGAAGGGUGCACAGUGGAUCCCCACCGGAGAGAGACAAAAAGAGCAAAUACUAUGUGUCCCGAGAUAUGUACCCAUGGAUGUCUUACCCAGAUUACACUCCUGGGUCUGGGUAUGUCCUCUCCAAAGGUGUGGCUACAAAAAUCUAUCAGGCUUCUCUCACCUUAAAUGCUUCCCUUCACAUUGAUGACGUCUUCCUUGGUAUCUGUGCCAAAAUGUUGGGCAUCUCUCCCAAGAAUCAUUUGUUCUUCUCAGGGGAGGGAAAAGCUCCUUAUCACCGUUGUAUCUACAACCAGAUGAUGACUUCACAUGGACAUGUUAGGGACAUCUUUGAAAUGUGGAAUCUUGCAACAGAACCUGAUGUUGGUCAAAUGUCAUCAGGUCUGUUUUGGAGGCUCUACUGCACCAUGGUGAAAGUGAGGCUCCUGUGUAUACCUUUUUCUUCAGUCUCAUAUCCAUGCAAGGCAGCUUUUUGGACAUGACAAUUUAGUAAAACUUAAAGGAACCCUUUGUGUUCUACCCUUAAUUUAUUGUACUGUAUAUGUAUCCAUAAAGACUUGGUCAUAUUUUACUCCAAAAUCAAAAGAAACAAAUAAGAAAUUAUAUUUUGCAUAUUGAAAAUGCAGUCUAUUUAACAGCUUUUGUUUUGUUUUUUUUUACAUUGUGACAUUAUUUUAUGACAUUUGCAAACAUUUUAACCCCCAAUUCUCAUUACCGCAAUGUGAACAAAGAUGAUAGUUAUGAAAUUCCCAUUACUGCAACGUAAAAAAAAAAAAAAGAUACAUUAAUUAAACUGUCAAAGUAGUAUUCCCUUGGUACUGCAUUACAUUUUUUGCAAUAAAAACAAAAAAACAUUGUACCACAGCAUCUUUUUAUUUUUAUUUAAAUAAUAAUAAAAAAAAUAGUUACAGAAUUUAGAAUAAUAAUUGAAAACAAUGGGAACAGUAAAAGUAAAACAUCCGAAUAAGUUACAAUGAGAAAUACAAUACAAUUACAAUGAGAAUUAGGGUAAAGUCUGCUUAAAGGGAUAGUUCACCCAAAAUGAUAAUUGUGUAUGACUUACUUUCUUCAGCAGAACACACACACACAGGAUUUUUAGAAUAUCUCAUACUAUGCAAGUGAAUGGUGAUCAGACAUUUGUAGCUCCAAAAAUCACAUAAAGGAAAC